ACGGACGGAUAGGCAGCUGAUGAGCGGAGGAGCAGCGGGAGGCGAGAACAGUCUGUAGAGAGUGAAAUGAUGCCUGAAGAACCGCUCAAUCGGGGACAGUUGGAUUAAUGGGGGCAUCUAUUGUUUUGAAAAUUAUUUAUUGGUUCAGAUUUUUUAGUGGAUUUCUAAUCGGGUCCAUGUCAAAAUGCCAUUUGCCAAACGGAUCGUGGAACCCCAGUUACUGUGCAGGCAUUCAGUCCCGAAAGAAGAGAGUUUGGUUUUCGAUGAUCUGUGUACGGUUAACAAUGUGGCUCUGUCCGGGACCCUACGACAGCUCUCCGACCUGGCCCGGCACGCCUGCUCUCUCUUCCAGGAGUUGGAGAGCGAUAUCGUGUUUACUAACCAACGGGUCCGGGGACUGCAGAGUAAAGUCGGUCAACUUCAGCAGUCUAUCUCUGGGUUAGACGCCAAGCAGGAGGCAGUACCGGUAUCAGACCUGGAUGUAGAGUGUAAGUUAUCAGACCACUACGUGUCUCCAUGGCUCCUCCAGAGGAAUGUGUUCCUGCCAUCCACCAGACCACCAUGUGUCCAGGAACUGCACCACACCGCUCAGCAGAGCCUCCAGGCCAGCCACAGAGAUUACCAGCUCAGACAGCAAGCGAGCAGCAGAAGACGCAGGGUGACCAUUGCUGUCUCUGUGGCACCCCCUAUGCCCACGUACCCCUCACCACACUCUGCCAGGAGGAGACAGCAGAGGGGCCGGAGCCUGACUGCGCGGCAGGGGAAACCAUUCAAUAAUCAGCAGCUAGAACAGACCAAGUUUGACAGACCUGCCCCCCGCUCCUCCUCCCUCACCGAAUGUUGCCACUUCUCUCCCUGGAGCAGAAAGGCUGCUCCAUCUGACCGUCUCGGCCAACGACCUCGGCACCCUGUCCCUAACGUUCCCUCCACGCUGGACAAGCAGACUAACUGGUCCAGAGUUCUCCCACUGCCCACACCUCAGGAGAGGAUGAAGAGUGACUCACAAGUCAUCCCAUCCUGCGUCAUCCCAAUUAACAUCACUGGGGUUCAGUUCCACAGAGACGCUAGUGUGCACUGCUCGCUGAUCCACUCUCAGUCCGUACUUCAGAGGAGGAGGAAGCUGAGGAGACGGAAGACUGUCAUCGGGAUUCCUAGAAGUGUUCCGCAGGACCUAGAUUCUGAUGAGUCUCCGGGUGCCAGAGAGCGGACAGUGGUUGUCCGAUGCAACGCUGCGCUCUGUAGCGAGGACCUGUGCAGUCGUCUGAACGCCAAGAAGGACUCUGGCUGCCAGACUGAAGACUUCCUGGUCUGCGCGCCGUCCCACUGGAGGGUCCAGUACCAGCGUGGUCAGCAGGGGGUCAGCUCCACCCCUGUCCCGCUGUCCCUCUCCACCGGGAACAUCUCCUCUCUACUGAACACUUCGGAGCGCAACAACGCCAUGUUCUCCUCUUCGCUGGGGGUACGCCUGCAUUCAUGCAGCCAGCCAAGGGAGGGGAGGAGACUGAUUGAGGUUCACCACCACAGUGAGGAGGAGGAAGAGGAGCUGUCUCCCUCUGAGACUGAUGACUUCCUGUCUGGGUUGGGGGAGCCAAAGGAGAAGGGGGAGGAAAGUGCAGAUGACCAGUCCCAGCCGGACCACCCUCUGGCCAGCCUGAAGUACCAGCAGCGCACUGGCAGCCCCUGGCUUGAGAGGAGCCAAUCCCGCCUCCCCCGGAAGGUUGACAUGGGGAGCUGUGAGAUGUCCUCCAGCUCAGAUACUUUCUCCAGUCCGCUCCACUCCACAUCCACCAGGCGGGUUGUUGGGUGUCAGAUGGACCAUAAAGAUGACCACCAAUCUUCUAGUGGGAACUGGAGCGGCAGCAGCUCAACGUGCCCUUCCCACACCUCUGAAACCCUCCCCCCGGCUGCCUCCCCCCAGCUCACUGGCUCCUCACACUGUGACUCGGAGCUGUCGCUGAACACCGGCCCCCACGCUACAGAUGACCCUGCCCCCAUCCUCAUCCUGGACCCAUACCAGACCGACCGGCAGCUGGACGAUUUAGGGGUCAGCACGGCUAGUGAUGGGGAGUGGAGUUACACCCACCCUGAUUCCAGGCUCCAUGACUUCAGCCCUGAGCGCUCCAGAGAGGGGGAGGGGAGUCUGGGGUACCCCAGCUUUACCAGCAUGGCUACCUGUGAGAGCUUCACUACAGACAAGCCUCCUUCUGAGAAGGCUGACACUGUAUCAUACUACUCCAUAGACAAUGAAGGAUACUACACCUCCAUGCACUUUGACUGUGGUCUGAAAGAGAGCAAGAGCUUCAUGUAUAACUACUCUGACUGUGGACAGGAGCACAUGACUCUGGGGAGACGCUGUCUGACAUUGAGGAAACCUAAGGCCAAGCCCUCUGCCCCCAGACGCAGCUCCUCACUAAGGAAGAUCAGCGGGGGGGGGAAUUCUCCUGACGACACCGAACCAAAGAACCGCAGCGGGCAGCAAAGAAAGUCGUGUUCCAGAGAGAGGAGGUUACAGCUGGACCUAGAGGGCUCCCUGGGCCACCCUAACCUCCCUGACCCCGACCCUGCUCUGGGCCACCUGGGAGGGGAGGGGGGCCUGGGGCAAGACCCUCUGGAGCCCCUAGCGGCCCUCGAGACCUGGCGGAUGGAGAACACCGAGGAGAUGCCGGGCUCCGGCCUGUUUGGUUCCUCUGACAGAGGCUCCUAUAAAGAUGAGGGAGCUGUCCAGUCAGACUAUGCAGAUCUCUGGCUUGUGAAUGACUUGAAGUCGAACACUGACCCCUAUCGCUCUCUGUCUAACUCCUCCACUGCUACCGGUACUACUGUUAUAGAAUGCAUAAAGUCUCAGGAGAGUUCAGAGUCCCAGACCUCCCAGUCAGGCUCCACCCCCUCACUGCCAUCAGUAGAAGACUUCAAGAUGUCCUCCCUGCCCUCAGUAGAAGGGGACUUCAAGAUGUCCUCUCCAGAGAGGCUGGUCGGCUUAGUGUCACCAUCUAGUGGCUACUCCAGUCAAUCCGAGACCCCCACCUCUUCCUUUCCCUGCGCCUUCUUCCCCAGUCCCCUGUCACCCACCAAUCAGAAGAGGAAGCCCAAGAUUCCAGAGAGGAAAUCAUCUCUGUCCGUCAACUCCACCAGAGAUGUGGAGCUGCCAGUCAUCCCCCCCAGCCACCAGGACCUCCACGCCCUUCACAGCCCUAACCCUACCAGCCCUCCUCCAGUCUCUACCAAGCCCCCAGGCCACAGGAACCAGCUCUACCUCCUGCAGCAAAGCAAGCAGACGGCAGCAGCAUCGGCCAGCGCUGAGGCCAGAGCGGCAACCGAGACCUCCAGCAGUCUUCCCAUGACCAUCACCCCCACCGUGCUGCACUCAGUCCAGCUGAGAUCUGUGGGGAAGCAAGGAGAGGGGAGCCCUGACCGGCCCGGCCCAGAUGUUGCCACCAGACCCAAGUGUCCCACUGUGAACAUCAGCCUCCCUUCCAGCAGCAGGUCCCCUGAGUCUACAACCAUGAAGCCUCCAGCCUACAACUCCCAGGUUCCCCCCUCUCAACAGUACUGUGAGUCACUGUUGGCCCCCAGUGAAGGCCCUGUCGGUAGGGACCAGGCAGGUCACAGUAGCGUGAGGUACAGGCAGGACAGACACCCUGCUGAAGCCCAGUGGAGUACCACCACCUUCAGACAGCCUGUAGACCAAACACUGGCAGAUCAGGAGAGACUACCGGACCAGGAGAGACUACCGGACCAGGAGAGACUACCGGACCAGGAGAGACUACCAGAAGAGGACCAUACCAUCAGAGACCAACACCAGCCUCUCCUGGACCAACACCAGCCGCUUACAGACCAGCAGUCCCUGCUAGACCAGGAGGUCUGCCAGACGGGGACUGAGGCCACAAGGGUGACCCCAGGUCAGGAGGUAGAGGAACAGAAAGCUCUAUUCUCUGGGAGUAGCAGCAGUCUGGAGGCAGAACAGUCCCGACCGCUACCACCUGAGCCAUCUGAACUACAGAGGCCUGAAGACCUUUCAAUGUUUCCUGGUCAUUACAGCUUAGCCACAACAUCAGAGAGUCUAGACAAAGUGCCUGUUAAAAGUGAUCAGUCUGAAACAUUGCAAGCUUAUCCAAUCAGCGAUGUGGCUGGCAGAGAAGAGGAGUAUUCCAGACCCAGUGACAACUCUGUGUUUCCUCUGAGUGAGGAGACCAAGGCUGAGGGUGACGUCUUCCUGUCGCCCACCAAGGCUGAGGGUGACGUCUUCCUGUCGCCCACCAAGGCUUGCACUACAGAGGAGCUGUUUGCCAUGAUACACAGAUCCAGGAGGAAAGUUCUAGGUAGGAAGGACUCUGGAGAGUUAAGUGCCCGGAGCCGUCUGUGUGCUGCAUCUGGGAGCACCUCACCUUGUACCCCAGUCACCCCACCUGGCAACACUGUGACUUCUCCGGUGAACCCCAGCACCCCAACCACCCCCACUGGCCCCCAGAAGGCCCCGGGACCCAUCUACCGCAGCCUGAAGAAGUCCAGCACCUCCCACGAGGAGUUUAAACUUUUACUCCUGAAGAAAGGCAGCCGGUCAGAUUCCAGCUAUCGCAUGUCAGCCACAGAGAUCUUGAAGAGCCCCAUCGGCCCCAAUGCCCCUGGAGACCCCCUUGCUGAGAAGCCCCUCUCGCACCCGCCAGGCACGGAGAAGCUCCCCAGCCCCUUCACAGAGGGCUUCUCUCCUAAAGGCCUGUCCACUGCAGCCUGUCCCAGACAGAACCGAUCCCGCAUCCCUCCUCCACCCACCAGCAGCCGCUACAGCGUCCGCAGCAGGCAGUACCCAGCCCCCAUGCAGGCCAUCUCAGAGGGCGAGACGGAGAACUCAGACAGGAGCCACUCCUAACAUACAGCACCUUCCACCUUUCAGAAAUGUAAAACAGAGGAACAUCUUAAGGUUUUAGAAUAGAUAGUAGAGAACAACCAGACUGACUUAGAACAUUUUAACUGUGUCUAACUAUUUAUAAUACAGUAUGUAUUUCUGUUUUUAGCUUUUGGUAUUGAAGGAAAACAGAGAGACUUAAGAACAGAAAUGAGAGAGAGAGAGAAACUUCUGUAGCCAUGUUCUAUUGAAAAAAGAAAUGCUUUUUAAACUGUUAGGAAAGUUAACAGGAAUAUGUACUGUGCUAUGUGAAGGCUGUUUUUAUAUCAAGGCAACCUUGUGUUGUAGCGCUACAGGAAAGACAUGGGUAUCUUCCAUUGUAACCCUUAACCGUAGCCCUUAACCUUAACCCUUUUAUGAUAUUGCUGGAAAAUGCCACAUGUAUAGAAUAUAUCGAUAUAAUGAGAUUUACAGUAUAAUAUAUUCACUUUUCACUAAUGGUGUAAAAGUUGUGAAAUACCUUAGAGUAACACAGUAUGAGUCAUAAUACCCAUAAAGCCUGGCUGUCAAACAGGUAAAUGGUUCCAUUCAUUUUUCCCAUAGAAACAUGUAAAAUAAGGGCUGUGUUUCGUGGCCUUAUUUCUAUUACAGCAUGUUGGAUGACUGUCAUUCAUAUUCACCCAGUUCAAUGUAACAGUGAUGGGUUUAGGUUACUGUCCUUCACCCAGUUCAAUGUAACAGUGAUGGGUUUAGGAUACUGUCCUUCACCCAGUUCAAUGUAACAGUGAUGGGUUUAGGAUACUGUCCUUCACCCAGUUCAAUGUAACAGUGAUAGGUUUAGGCUACUACAUGAUACUCUAAUGUUCCCUAUUCCCAUUAUGAGGUUGCUACAACCUAGCCUAUGAAUUAAAGUUUUCAACGUAGGUGCACACAGGCCGAGAGAGACAUUUGAGAUGACAGUGACACAUGGACAGACAGUGACAUUCAACACCGCCUUGCACACUCCUGCCUGCAUCUAGCUGAUGUAGGGUGUCAUCAUUAGCCCAACAAUUGCAAACAAGAGUUUCUAUUGGACACAUUAAUGUAUUUUAUCCCCGUUUUGUUUGCUUCCGUUUCUAAGAAACGUUUUUCAACAGAAUCGGCAGAAUGAAUACACCCCUGAUCACGCAUAAACACAGUUCACUUUCAUAGCAGCCACGUUGUAUUCCUUCUCGACCUCUAUGCACUCUCCUCCUCUCACCUUUUCCCUUCGCUUGUGGACUUCAAAUGAACAACACAUCAGCUGUGUGACCAAGUGAAAAAACCUUUCCAAGCCAAACCAUAUCAUAACCGCUACACACAGCCUGCAUCGUUGUCCCCAUAUUAGCUAAAGUAACGUCCUAGUCAACAUAGCAAAUAGAACUAAUGUGUUAGUAAACCCACUACAAUCAUGCAGUAACGGUACAGUGUUUAGUCAGUAAGCAGUUAGACCUGCGUCCCCGGUGGUAAUAAAUUAAUAAUACCAAAAGCUUA